CCUAUAUGACGACGUAUGAAAGAAAAAAAAAGAUUUCCCCACGAAAACGCUUGAUGACGUCAUCUUAGGAUUGACAAAGCUACUAAAUACUAGGUUUAGUAUUGGUUGACCAGAGUAACUCUUUUUUGGCAAUCACGGUGCACUACUGACUGUUUGCAAAGGGAUAGAUAAGUUAUUUUUACUUAAAAACGAGACGAGAAUGACUGAUAAAGACAAAGAAACUUCAGUAAUUUGUAUGAAUCAUUAACAAGACUAUGUCAGAAAAAGUAUUGUUACUAUUUUCAGAGUAAAUCUUUGCAUUAACGUGACAUAUUCGUAUACAAUUUUGCAUUUAAUGUAUUUAACGAGUUAGUUUGUUUAAAUAUGUGUUAAAAAUAAAGCCGAUUAACUACUGCAACAUGGCGAAGACUUGCAUUCAUGAUAGCAGAGUGGUUUGCGCAUCUUCCCCUGAUGGAUGUACUCGUCGAAGCUUUCUUGACCAAUGCGACAUGUAUGAGUAUAACUGCGAUUAUAAUACACAAUUCACAGAAUCUGAAUGUACUGAAAAUAAAGAAGAACUAGACCAACAAGCGAAUGAAACGGAUAAUAGACAGGACGAAAAAAUCGAAUAUCUAGCUGGUUCAUCUGAAGAAAUAGUUAAAUUAGAUUUACACAAAGGAACAGAAAAGGAUAGCAAUAAUGUUUUCAACAUGUUUAAAAGUAACUGUGGUAGACCUCUUACUUGGGCUACGACUGAAAAGGGAGAAACACGAGACUUCUUUAGAAUAUUAACGCAAGAAAAAUAGUAUGAAUAAUUAUGAUUGUACUUCUACAAAUAC